AUGGCCAGCCCAGAAGGAACCCCUCCAUUCACACUGCCCAAAACAAUUGCAUCAGGCAGAGUGACCGUAGAGAUUGAACACGUGAACCUCGAUGCGACCAACACACACAGGGGUGUACAACCUUCUGCCAUUAUCAACACAUUUAAUAAUCCUGCUAUCGUGGACCAAUUCAUUCUAAAGAUUUGGAAUGACCCACAUAACCAAGAUGUUGUUCAGGCCUUCCUGAAGAAUGAUUUCGUCUGGUUUGCUGCUUAUCACACCGAUAGUGAAGCACUGGCUUAUUACCAAAAUUACGGAAUUGCUCUCCGACUAAACACUGUCCUUGACGAUGACUGGGAAAAUCUCCAGAAGGAGGCAAAUAGCCUAGCCGAAAGUGUCAAAUGGGUCAAUAACUGGCGUGACACCCUUAUUACUAAGCUAAAAUUACCUGCUGCUUCGAUAGAUCAAGCGGAAAGAUCAAUCGGUGAAAUGGCCUAUGCAAACGUCCUUCAAAGGCAUGCUUCUAUUGAUGACUGGUUCGACCUGCACGUCAUCAUGAUCCCUUGUGUCUGGAUUCAGAUCCGAAGACAAACAAAUUUAACGGGAAACAUAGCAACAAUUUUCUACGAGACUUGGGUCAAACCGAAUCUUACUACAUCUUCAGCCGACAAGCUGUCAAGUUUUCUUGAUGCUAAUAGCGAGAUGUGGGCCGCUGGAAUUGACAAAGGUCAAGCCCCAAAGAAAGGCAAAUGGAACCAGCUUUUCCGCACGGCCAUGAGGCUUGAAGUCGAGCUUUUCAAAUCCAGUGGUUAUUCUCACACAAUCUAA